AUGAAGAUAUCUUCCAUUUUCACCGUGGUUUUCUGGUUGCUUUUAUGCCCUCCGAGAGCUCCAGGAGCCGGGGUGUUCCAGGGCGUCUUUCCUCAUCCAUAUAAGUACAACCCCAACGAAUCCGAACGAUCCCCACAAACGCCAAAGCAUGGGUUUGUAGUCCGCGGAACGAACCCGGUGACGACAGCGGACGAGGUGCUCGAGUCCAGCCAAGAAGCCUUGCAUGUGACGGAGCGCCGCUAUCUUAAACUGGACUGGUGCAAGACGCAGCCGUUAAAGCAGACCAUCGACGAAGAAGGAUGCCUCAGUCGCACCAUCAUUAACCGUUUCUGCUACGGACAGUGCAACUCUUUUUACAUUCCCCGCCACAUCUACAAGGAAGAGGGGGCAUUUCAGUCGUGUUCCACCUGUAAGCCUAAAAGCUUCACCACAGUGUCUUACGUUCUCAUCUGCCCGGGGCAGACGCCGAGCACGAGAAAGAAACUAGUCAAGCGCGUAAAACAGUGCCACUGUGCAUCCAUUGAUCUGGACUAAUUCCACACCGCUUUAAGUUGUGAUUUUCAUGCGAUCACUCAAGUAAGUGGGGAAAAUAUGUGGAGAAUACCAAAACAUUCCCACUUCUCAAAUACAAAUAUGAACACAAAAACAACAAAGUAUUACUGUCUUCCUGAACUCCUUUAAUAGCAGCUAUGUAGACAGAAACACAAUUUCCAGGGACAUACCCUGUUUGGCAUUUACUGCAAGCUUUCAAAUGGCAUUAGCAUGCUUAAUUGUGGUCUUUGGCCAAUUAGCAUCCACCAUAGUUAUGUGGCCAUGUACUGUAAAAUAUAGCCCGAUAUAAUGAGAAAUGAUUUGGCAUCCUCAUAGCUCUUUUCAGGGCAUGUGUGUGUAGAGAUGUAUAUAUAAAUCUUCUGCAAGAUCAUGUGAAUGGGAUAUCCUGUGUUUUUCCACUGUGUGGAAUGAUAAUGGUUGUCCAUCACUGCAGGAGACAUGAAUGUUCUUGAAUCCCAUUUCACAACCUGCACUGUCACUAUAUCUUUGUAAAUAAAAUAGUUGAUGAAUACAA